UUGGCCAUUGUUUUCUCCUAUAUUUGUAUUUGCAUAUAGAUAUUUUUAAAUAUCAUGUUUAUAACCGUAGGUAUACCAAGUAAGUAAAUAUGAAGUUGUCAUUUAGAAAAUGGUGUAAUCUUUACCGAUUUACGGUCAGUGACAGCUCAAAGUGGUUUGAGCAUGAACGAUGUUUUCGGUAAUUGACUGUGAAUGAUCUGUGCUCCAUUGGCUUUGUCUGUACGUUUUUUUUGGCAGGAACACAGCAACAAAUCUAAAGUACAUGCGACCCUAUUUUCGGAAAUAAAGAAGAAUAUUCCUCGCUACAUAUUUAUAAAUACGAAAAUAAAAUUCGGGGACGAUUUAGGCAACUUACGGUCUCCAACGUAUUUGUUUUAUUUGAUAGCUACGAUUUCAAGGAGUAUAAUCGGAUAAAAAUAUGAAGAAAAGAAUAAUGGUGUGGUAGUAGCAGUGGUGGUCCAGUGUGUGUGGGCCUUUGGACAGCUCUGGGUGUAGUGUGAGCGUGUGUGUGGAGAUGAAGGUGGGACAGAAGAACUCGGUGUGUAUCCUGUCUAGUCGAGAGCGAGGAGCACGAGGUCUUGCCUCACACAGGAUCCUACAGCUGCUUGUAGAGGAGAAGACACAGCGCAUGAAAUGGCAAAGCCAGAAAGUGGAGUUACCAGACAGCCCCCGCUCGACCUUUCUUCUGGCCUUCAGUCCAGAUAGGUCUUUAAUGGCCUCCACCCAUGUGAACCACAACAUCUACAUCACAGAAGUUAAGACGGGAAGGUGUGUUCACUCUCUGGUGGGCCACCGCCGGACACCCUGGUGCUUGACCUUUCACCCUAGCAUACCUGGCCUUAUUGCUUCUGGCUGCCUGGAUGGAGAGGUCCGAAUCUGGGACCUGCAUGGAGGUAGUGAGAGCUGGCUCACAGAGAGUAACUCGGCGAUCGCAUCGCUAGCAUUUCAUCCCACGGCUCAGCUGUUGCUCAUUGCCAGCAACAACGAGGUGCAUCUAUGGGACUGGAGUCGGAAGGAGCCCUUCACUGUGGUGAAGACAGCUAGUGAGACAGAGAGAGUCAGGUUGGUGAGAUUUGAUCCAUUGGGUCACUAUCUUCUAACUGCCAUUGUAAACCCUUCAAACCAUCAGAAUGAUGAUGAUCCUGAGAUUCCAAUGGACAGUGUGGAGAUGCCUCAUCUCCGUCAGCGCUCCUUCCUGCAGUCCCAGCCUGUAAGACGCACACCAAUCUUGCACAAUUUCUUGCACAUCCUCACUUCCCGCAACUCGGUCCCUCAGGCUGGAGGCAAUCCUGUUGCUUCCGCUGACGAGGCCUCUGAUUCGUCUGGGCAUUACGCUGUUUUGAGGGAUCGUUCCCGGCUGCCAUACCACGGUUGCGUUCAGCCACUCGGAGUUGUGUGUUUCUGUAGCCGUUGCUCAUCAACUAGGGUUCCAUCUCCGCCUGACGAGGACUCUUCAGACUCCGCCUCCCUGGAGGGACAAUCACACGCAUCCACCUUUUCUUCUGCACGCACAGAGCCGCGGAUACCACGAUUUCCUGCCGAAUCUCGUGCUGCAAAUCGGCCCUCAGCAUUUAGCUGUGUGUAUGGUGGUGGCAGCAAUGUACAGAACCAUUCUUCUAGCUCUGGGAGGAGGAGAGUGGCUGGAAUGGCACCUAUCCCACCUUUCCGGCAGCAUCCACCAGGCAGGGAAGGUGGAGGCCGUUUCCCUGGGGCAGAAUGGACAAGCAGUGUGCUUAAUGGACGAGGUAGUAGUUUGACUCCACCCAGAACCAGUGCUUCUUCCGUCAGCCCGCAUUCUGUCCUUCGACAGCAAGGCACUUCCAGCCAAUCACCUGUUUACACCUCUGCUAGUGAUGGAUGGGGCUUUCCUCAUAGCAGUGGCAGCUCAUCAGGGACUAGUUCUAGCAGGCAUCACCCACCACAGGAAGAGGGGCACAGCAGCCCUUCUUCCAUUCGCAACGUUCUUCAGUGUAACCUUAACCGCUAUUUCAUGGAUUAUGAGCAAAUGCAGGACCUAGUGCAGCCACUAGAGGGCAGCAGGCCGGACCAUCAGACUCAGGAAAUGCUGAAUAACAACAUUGACCCAGAGCAACCGGGCCCAUCUCAUUAUCAGCCACUUCACGGCAGCGAAAACCGCUCCCACAGUCACAUGAAUCGCUGUAGAGUCUGUCACAACCUCUUCACCUAUAAUCGGGGUACUCAGCGCUGGGAGAGAACCGGCCAGCCGACAUCUGCUGAGAGAAACGCAGCUUGGCAACCUACUAGUCCUGCCUUUCAAAGCGUAGCCCCAGUCUCACAUUCUGAUCAUCACCUACUUGAACGUGCACCAAUAGAGCCCAGUCCAGACACCCCAGAGCCUCACGUACCCUUUUUCCGCAGCACAGCUACCGGUCAGCACGAGGAUCAGGACGUCGGGCUGGUCUUCAACCAGGAAACUGGCCAGCUAGAGCGUGUUUACCGGCCAUCUGCCACCUCUCGUUCAGAAAACGUGUCACAAGAAGCCUUAAACCAGGAAAUGCCUGAAGACCCACAAGAUGAUGAUUACCUACGCAGGAGGCUGCUGGAGUCAUCCAUGAUGUCUCUUUCCAGAUAUGACGUCUCUGGAUCACGAGACCAUCCCAUCUACCCUGACCCGGCCAGGUUGUCCCCUGCAGCUUAUUAUGCACAACGUAUGAUCCAGUAUUUGUCUCGGCGUGACAGCAUUCGGCAGCGCUCUCUCCGUUCCCCCAGCAGACCCCGACCCCUGUCGUCUAAUUCCAACAGCCUCUCUCCUGGCCCCGCCCCCAGUGUGGAGAGCAACGAAGUUGAUUUUGAGGAGUUUGAGGAUAAUGGAAGCAGACAUAGGGCUCCUCGUAACGCACGCAUGUCUGCUCCCUCUCUCGGUCGCUUUGUGCCCAGGCGGUUCCUUUUGCCGGAGUUUUUGCCGUAUGCUGGAAUCUUCCAUGAACGAGGGCAGCCAGGCCUGGCAACACACUCAUCCGUCAAUAGGGUCCUCGCAGGUGCUGUAAUUGGGGAUGGUCAAUCUGCAGUAGCCAGCAACAUCGCUAACACAACUUAUCGCCUGCAAUGGUGGGACUUCACCAAAUUCGACUUGCCCGAGAUCAGUAAUGCUUCUGUUAACGUGUUGGUGCCCAACUGUAAGAUCUACAAUGAUGCGAGCUGUGACAUCUCAGCAGAUGGGCAGCUGCUAGCUGUAUUCAUUCCCAGCAGUCAGAGGGGUUUCCCUGAUGAGGGCAUUUUGGCUGUGUACUCCCUCGCCCCGCACAACCUGGGAGAGAUGCUCUACUCCAAGAGAUUUGGUCCAAAUGCCAUCUCUGUCAGUUUGUCUCCGAUGGGUCGUUACGUGAUGGUGGCUCUGGCAUCUCGUCGCAUCCUGCUGCAUCAGAUCACCGAUCACAUGGUGGCGCAGGUCUUCAGACUGCAGCAGCCCCACGGAGGAGAGACGUCCAUGAGGAGGGUGUUUGAUGUGGUGUAUCCAAUGGCCCCAGACCAGCGGAGACAUGUCAGUAUAAAUUCUGCACGUUGGCUGCCAGAACCGGGGCUUGGGCUUGCUUAUGGAACCAACAAAGGAGAUCUGGUCAUCUGCAGACCUGUUGAUGCACAUUCAGAUGGCAACGGCACUUCUGAACACUCUGAGAGAAUGUUCACCAUCAAUAACGGUGGAGGGGUUGGAACAAGCAGCAGCAGGGGUGGAGACAGGGUAGGGAACAGCAGGACUGAUUGGCGCUCACACAGAGAGAUGGGCCUGAUGAAUGCGAUUGGUCUGCAGCCCCGACAACCCGCGCCCACUGUUGCAUCACAGGGGACGCAGACGCAGACUUUGCGGCUACAGAACGCAGAGACACAAACAGAUCAUGACCUUCCGGAUGAACCUCAGCAGCCCAGCACUUCUCAGGAGUCACAGGUUACUGAUGACUAUCUGGAUUUAGAGACUCUCCCAGAGGAUUCUGGGUCUGAGGUGGUACCAGAGACGCCCCCCCACAGUCGACCUCAGGAAGAUGAAGGGUCAGAUCUCACUGAACCCAGCACAGGAUGUAAAGUAACAUGCACGUGGAUAUUAGCUGAUGACAACAUCAUUAAUUACAUCAUUAGUAAAUCAUCAAACCAGUGA